AUGUCCAUCGUCUCGAACAUUGUCCCACCACAUGCAGCUAUAACUUCGGUACAUCUGCUACCACACCAUAGGCUGCAACAAGUAUAUGAAGUCAAGCUGUCCGACCUGACGACUCUGCUCGUGGUCCUUCCACCACGUCCUAUAGUACGACUGCUGCGUUCCGAGCUAAACAUGGCAAGAUCUGAAGCUGCCAUUGUCCGGUGGCUCCAAGACGAGCUGGUUGUGACACAAUCUCCAGAAUAUAUCUCUUCCAGGGGCCCAUGCUACCCAGAGCAGUGUGCCGCAGAGUCGAGAGCACCGAGAGAGCCCAGACCAGCGGCCCAGAAGAGUCUCACGGCAGUUCGUUCCAACCCAGCCGGCUUCCCCAAGAUGGUAAAAGCCGAUCUAAUUCAAUAUAUCCCGUGUCCGCUCUCUCUGGCUCCGCAACCACAUUCAGCUACGUCUGUGGAUUCAUCAAGCUUUGUUUCACCGCCAUCAUCAUUAUCCUCGUAUCUUUCCUCGUUCUCCUCGUCCUCGCCAUCUCUCCUGGAGUUCAAUGUGUUCCGACCACCUCCAGGAACACCCGUCGCGGCCCUUUCGUCACCGUUGACAACAGAGGAGCGCGCAUCCGUCGAUUACCAGGCAGGUAAAUUUCUCCGCCGCCUGUCUCAAGUCACGUCCAAAUCAGGCAGUUUCGGGCCUGCCCUAGCAGUCUUAACACCACACUCCAAGCCUGGAAUUCCGCAAGUCGGCGAUCUUGUCACGGGUAUGAGCUCCUGGUCAGUGGCUUUCCAUUCUAUACUCGAAAGCAUCUUAAGGGAUGGGGAGGAUGUUGCCGUGUCUCUGGCGUAUUCGACCGUCAGAAAACACUUUUGUCGACUGGGCCACCUCCUUGAUUCCGUUACUACACCCUCUCUUGUCAUUGUUGACGCUAUGGACGAUACAAACCUUCUCGUUAAACGUUCACCAGCCGUUCGGCGACACUCUUCCAGUUCAUAUUUAUGUCCGGUAACAGACAGCGAUCCAAACAAGACAGGACUAAAGGAGCCUAAGCAGAGAAACACGUUCCCCGCUUCACCGACGGAUCAAGAGCCAUCUUCGAGAGCCGAUGUCCAGAUUGGGCAAAAUUCGUGUUUGCAAGACGUUCCACAGUUGUCCUCUCCCGAGUCUUCUGAGCCGCCUGCGGAUAUAUUUGUAACAGGUCUGCGGGACUGGAGCCACUGUAUAUUCGGCGACCCCCUGUUUGCGUCGGUCUUCUGCGACCACCCCAGCCCUCCUUUCCUUGAUGGCUUCAACGGUGCAAGCAGCGGCGGCGACUCAGCUCUUCAUGACUCUUUCACCAGCCAAGAGGAAAGUGAGAGCAGUGCAAUUCGGGUUCUGCUCUACCAGUGCUACCAUGCCAUCGUACAGAUUGUGAGAGGUUUUUACCGCCCCACAAGAGAUCAGACCGCGAGAGAGCUUGCUGCCAGGAAACGGUUGACGGAAAUUUUGGCCAAGCUUGAUACUAUAGAUAUAGACACAAAACGUCAGUUUCGACACCGGCGGUCAAGUGGAGAGAUAUCGCCUUCCAAGAGGUCCAAAUCCGAAUGCGCUGAAGAGGGCCCCCGGGGCUGA